AUGGGAGGUAAAAAGGAAGAAGAAGAAGAAGACAAAGAAGAUGAAGUGAAAGAGAAGAUUGAGAAUCUGAACUUGAACGAUAACCAUCGCGAGAAGAAAGAAGAUGGAGACGACGAGGAUAACGAUAACGAUAACGAUAACGAAGAAGAAGAAGUAAAAAUAAAUGCAUCGGACGCCGCAGCAGCAGGAAAGAAGAAAAAGAAGAAGAAGAAGAAGAAAUCUUCCUCUGGUGGGAACGGAGUGAAAUACACACCCGCGGGUGCGGCGAAAGAACAAACGGCACCACCGACGGUACCAGUGACUGAACUCUUUCCAAACGGCUUCCCGGAAGGGGAAAUCCAAGAGUAUCAGGAUAAUAACGGGAAAACGUCCUGGCGAUUGGAUUCCGAGGAGAAGAGGGAGUUGGAAAGAUUGGAGUUGGACAUGUACGAUAACGCGAGGCAAUGCGCUGAAGUACACAGAGAAGUGAGAAAAUACAUUCAAGAGUGGGUGAAACCGGGAAUGAAAAUGAUUGACGUGUGUGAGACGUUGGAAAAUUCAGUGAGGAAGCUGUUAAACGCGAAAGGUUUAGAGUGCGGCGUUGCUUUUCCAACCGGGUGCUCGCAAAACCACAUAGCCGCGCAUUGGACGCCAAACGGGGGUGACGAAACUAUCAUCGACGUGAACGACGUAAUCAAAUUUGAUUUUGGGACACAAAUUAAUGGGAGAAUUAUAGAUUGCGCGUUCACAAAGACGUUCGUUCCAGAUUACGACGAGUUACUAUUAGCGGUGAAAGAAGCGACGGACGAAGGUAUUAAACAAUCCGGGAUCGACGUACGUUUAUGCGAUAUUGGCGAGGCUAUUCAAGAGGUUAUGGAAUCACACAGUGUAGAUAUUCGCGGGAAGCAGUUUGAAGUGAAAUGCUGCAGAAAUCUGAACGGUCAUUCAAUCGCACCGUAUCAAAUUCAUGCAGGGAAAUCCGUUCCCAUCGUGAAAGGCGGCGAGGCAACGAAAAUGGAAGAAGGGGAAUUUUACGCCAUCGAAACGUUCGGAAGCACAGGCGAAGGGUACGUUCGCGAGGCUGGAGAAUGUUCGCAUUAUAUGAAAAACUUUGACGUUGGUCACGUGCCGUUGCGCUUGCCUACGGCUAAAAAGCUGCUUAAUACCAUACAGAGAGAGUUUGGGACGCUCGCUUUCUGUCGACGAUACUUGGACAGGAUUGGCGAGACCCGAUAUUUAGGCGCUUUGAAAAAUCUUGUUUCCAACGGGAUCAUCGCUGAAUACCCGCCGCUGGUGGAUAAAACUGGCUCCUACGUCGCGCAAUACGAGCACACGAUAUUGCUGCGACCAACGAGGAAAGAAGUGUUGACUCGUGGAGACGAUUAUUAA